CACACUGCUCCCUCGACAUCUCUAACCCUGCUAUUGCCAAUUUUUCAUCAUGGUCGGCUUCAACGAGGAAGUCGAGAAGCACGAGCCUUCCGAGGCCUCGUCUGAGAACGGAGUCGCAGCAAACAUCAACAACAACCCCGAGCUCGCCGCUGCUGCCACCGGCCAGCAGCACCUCGAGAAGGUCGGCACCUACGACAAAAUCGAGAUCACCGAGGAGGACUGCUACGACGAGCUUGGCUUCUCGUUCCCAACCUGGAAGAAAUGGACCAUCCUCACCGUCGUCUUCUGGGUGCAAGUGUCUAUGAACUUCAACACUAGUCUCUACUCCAACGCCGUCGGCGGCAUCUCUAAAGAAUUCGGUGUCAGCGAGCAAGCCGCCCGUCUCGGUGCCGCUCUUUUCCUGAUCCUCUACGCUUUCGGAUGCGAGCUGUGGGCGCCCUGGAGUGAAGAGCUGGGCCGAUGGCCAAUCAUGCAGUGCAGUCUGAUGCUCGUGAACAUCUGGCAACUCCCCGUUGCUCUCGCAAAGAACUACGGCACCAUCCUCGCCGGCCGUGUCCUCGGUGGUCUGUCCUCCGCUGGUGGCUCCGUCACCCUCGGAAUGGUGGCCGAUAUGUGGGAUUCUGACAACCAACAAUACGCUGUCGCAUACGUCGUCUUCUCCUCCGUCGGUGGAUCCGUGCUCGGACCUGUCGUUGGUGGUUUCGUUGAGGCAUACUGCAGCUGGCGCUGGUGCAUCUGGGUGCAGCUGAUCUUCGGCGGUGUCGUCCAGGCGUCUCAUUUCUUCCUUGUCCCCGAGACCCGCACGACCAUCAUGAUGGACAGAAUCGCAAAGAAGCGCCGUGCUGAGGGCGAGAAGAACGGCAAAGAAGUGAACAUCUGGGGCCCGAACGAACUCGUCCCCUUCAGAGACCGCUUCUCCGCCAAGGAGGUCGUGAUUACUUGGAUCCGACCCUUCAAGAUGUUCCUUACCGAACCCAUCGUCCUAGUCCUCUCCCUCCUCUCCGGUUUCUCCGAUGCCCUUAUCUUCAUGUUCCUGCAAUCCUUCUCCCUCGUCUACAAGCAGUGGAACUUCACCACAGUUGAGCUUGGCCUAGCCUUCAUCCCUAUUGGCAUAGGCUACUUCCUCGCCUGGUUCUCAUUCUUCCCCGCCAUUAAGCGAAACAUCAAGGAGCGCGCCAACAAGCCAGACGACGAGCGCGCCCAGUACGAGUCCCGCCUCACGUGGCUUCUCUACACCGCCCCCUGCCUUCCCAUCGGCCUCAUCGGUUUCGCCUGGACUUCCCUGCCCCAGUGCCACUGGAUCGGCACCAUGAUCUUCUCCGCCAUCAUCGGUAUCGCCAACUACUCCAUCUACAUGGCUACGAUCGACUACAUGAUCUGCGCCUACGGCCCCUACUCCGCCUCCGCGACCGGUGGCAACGGCUGGUCCCGCGAUUUCCUAGCAGGUGUGCUGACCCUCCCUGCCACUCCGUUCUAUUCAAACAUCGGCGGCAAGGACCACCUCGAGUACGCCUCCACGAUCCUCUUCUGCAUCGCCUUCUGCCUCGUCGCAGCCGUCUACGUCAUCUACUGGAAGGGCCCCGCGCUCCGCAAACGCAGCCCCUUCGCCCAGCAGCUCAGCGCCGCCCGCGAGGCCGGUGGCCGCCGCAUCAGCUCGAUCCCGGGCUUGUACGGCUCCAACUACGGCAGUCGCAAUGCGAGUCGCGCGGCGAGUAUUGCGAGUGGCAGCCGUGGCCCGAGUCGCCGGGGCAGCUUUAUCCCUUCACAUUCCGGGCGCCCGUCAGCGGGUAGCAGGCAGCAGAGCCAUGCGCAGAUGGCAAAGAGGGUGGAGCAGGCGAAUAAGCAUCUGCGGGAGGAGCAGGUGGCUGAGCCGUAGAUGGGUGGUUACAUACAUGUAAGGCUGUGAGAUCUAGGGAUUGGAGAUGUGGACGGAGUUAGAUCUCAUUUGAUGAUUUUCUUUUCCUCUUGCAUUGCAUAGGGAGUUUGCGAAUGAUAGACAGAUUUUCUUUGAUACCCUCGUUCGGAUUCGGAUGGAAUGAGGAUGUAUAGUAGGACAGGCAUACAUGGU